AUGGCCAUCAGGUCAGGCAUUGCCUUGACCUCGACCUACGCCUUUUCCCAAUGUUCACGCCUCAUGAAGACUGUCGACGACAGGGCUGUUCGCUCAGAUAUCAAGAAGCUCCAGAAGAGGUUGGACAGCAAGAUCAAGCUAUCUAGGUCCGGCAGAGGCAAUGCCUUCUUGGAAUCGGCCUUGCCCCUGGCCAAGAGUCUCCGGCGGAGCAUCGUUGCCCUCGGUCGCCGCGUCGAGCAGGCAGCUCAGGCUGGCGAAGCAACCAACGAGGCUCCACGGCGGAGUCUGGAUUCUGAACAGCAGCUUGAGGAACUGAGGGCAAUUAUCGAUGAUAUGAAAGAUCUCUUGGCCCAACUGGACAACGACAUACCCCUUUUGCACAUGGCCAUAUCUGCGUCGGGGGAGAGCCUCAGUUCUGCCAUGUCUCCAAGCGUAUCGCCGUCACGGUUCUUGCAAGCGGGGACUUUCCUCACAUAUGGGGAUAGUCAGUUCGCUGCUGAUCCUACUCGUCCUGUGCAGAUUGGACCUGUCUUCACACUGUCCAUCUACAUGUUGUUCCUCGGCCACGCCUCGAGGACCCCUACAACACAGCCCGGGCAUCGUGAAGGACAUUCUCAACCCCCUCAAAAGCCGCAAAACAACUCUUCGGGAGACACACCGGCGCCGUAUGGCCUCGGAGAGGGAGAACGUAAACCCUUAUGGCAGGAGGUCAUUCAUAAAGCCAGGGUUCGGUUGUGUCGGACACCGAUGGGGCACGUUUUCGAUCCCAACAAGGGCUUUCGACCGUCAGGAGCAGGACCCAGCAGCUUCACCAAGUCUCAGUUCUAUAAGUCGAAUGCAUAUGGCAUGGGUCAGCGUAACGAGUAUGCUUACCACCUCGAAAUCAUUGAGGAUAUGGACGACGGCCGAGCUCACGAUGACCUGGAUGCCGAGGCCGCCCCGUACGAUGACAUCAGACGCGCCGGCAUCCGUGAGUCUAUCCCGAUUCAUCAGAUAUCCAAGAUAUUCUAUGCCGACACUGGCCGAAUCCUCAACAUUGGCGAUGGCGGAACAGACAACAAUCCCGUCCUGCUGUUGAAAAGAGACCUGCUUGCGAAGCCACCUUUGGAGAUGCAAGAAGAAAUGAUGGCGUACAGUGACGAAGCCGACUCCAUCAUAGCUUCUGAGGCCGAGGAUGAAGAGGGGUUAGAUGAGCAGGAAGAUAUCGAUCGUCAACUUCGAGAAGAGAGUGCAGCGCUGGACAUAUUGGAGGAAAUGCCCAAAAUGCCAGCCAAGUCCUCUCGUAGGAGCUUCCCCAGCCACCUGGACCCGGAAUGGCUGGCUGUAGAAGUGUUUGAAGACGAUGAUGAGUCAGAAAGCAGUGAGACCGAAGACGAGGAUCUCGGGGAGGAGGUGCCCAGGUUGCCCUUGAGCUCAACCCCAAUUUCGGCAAUUGCGUCUCCCAAAACAGACUCCCGUCGGUCAAGAGCAUCGCUAGACACGAGACUCAUGGCACAGAUUCAGAGUCUGUCACUGCAGUCGUCGCCAUCCGCCACAGGAACGAGGUCAACCGCAUCGGUCCAACCGUUUUCCCAGGAGCUGGCCAAACACCAGAUGGACAGCACGGAGUCAUUUGUCGCGAGAUCGCCAUUUGGCGCGGUUGUCACAUCUCUUUCCCUCAUGGAGAUGUUGAUAAGACUGACGAGUCUACAAGAGUUUCAACAGGCACCGCACCUUACCAUGCAUGAUCAUAUCCUGAAUUUCUUCUUGGAAGAAUCGUCGACGACGGGACUCACAGGAGAAGAGCGAUUGAGGGCGAGGACAGAAGCGAAGCAGCGUGUUGGGUUUGACCCAUAUACUGAUACCCCAUCUAGAUGA